UUAAAAGUUUAUAAACAAUUAUUUCUUUAUUAGUUGAUUAUGUUACGUUGUAAAAUAUCAAAGUUGCUUAAUAUUGGAUGGAUUUUACGAGAAUUACAUUCUUCAAAAAUACUAUGUGAAGCAGUUAUAAUUGAUGGAAAAGCUAUAGCUGAUCAAAUAAUACAGGAAGCAAAAAUUGAAGUUGAUGAUUGGAUCAACGAUGGUGGAAACAGACCACGAUUAAUUGCUAUAUUGGUUGGAAAUAAUCCUGGUAGUAAAGUGUAUGUUAAAAAAAAAAUUGAAGCUGCUAAAUAUGUUGGAAUUGAUAGCGAUGUUAUACAAUUUACAUCAGAUAUAUCACAAAAAGAGUUAUUAGAGUCCAUACAAAAACUCAAUGUAAAUCCUUCUGUAAAUGGUAUUUUAGUACAAUUGCCUAUUCCUAAACAUUUAAAUGAAACAGAAAUUUGUCAAGCAGUGAUACCUUAUAAGGAUGUAGAUGGAUUUCAUUCAGAAAAUAUUGGAAGAUUGGCUCUAAAUAUUAAAGGAAUUAUUCCUGCAACUGCAUUAGGUGUCAAAGAAUUAAUUAUUAGAUCAAAAAUACCUACUAAUGGAAGAAAUGCCGUAGUUAUUGGUAGAUCAAAACAUGUUGGUUUUCCGAUUGCGUUAUUGCUACAUUCGGAUGAAAAUGGUGAGAUUUCUGGACUCAAUAUCACCACUACUAUUUGUCAUCGAUAUACACCACAUAAUGAACUUAAAAAAUAUACAAAACUUGCAGAUAUUGUUAUUGCAGCAGCAGGUGUACCUGGUUUGAUAACAAAAGAAAUGAUAAAACCAGGAGCUUGCGUUAUUGACGUUGGCAUUUCAAAAGUACAAGUUGAAAAUAAAUUUAGAUUGCUUGGUGAUGUACAUUAUGAAUCUGUAAAAAAAGUUGCAGGUCAUAUAACUCCAGUUCCAGGUGGUGUUGGACCAAUGACUGUAGCUAUGUUAAUGAAAAAUACAAUAUUGGCUACUCGAAUGAAAGAAAAUAAUAAAUUAUAAUUUAAUG